AUGGUUAACUCGCUGCCCCUUUAAAAGCGCACCCGGACUCCGCCCAAUACGCCCCACACCUCUCCACUCCUGUCCUGUCAUCUUGUACACUAUCGCGUUGCUGAUCUCCUCCUCGACUGCCUCGUUUCGCGCGACCGGAGACGGCCAUGGCGAGCACGCCGAACGGGCUGGCGCGGAUCGAGACGCACGGGGCGAAGACGAAGAAGCACGAGAACGGGAUAUGCCACGACGACAGCUCGGCGCCGGUGCGGGCGCAGACCAUCGACGAGCUCCACUCGCUGCAGCGGAAGCGGUCGGCGCCCACCACGCCCAUCAAGGACGGCGCCUCCUCGCCCUUCGCCGCCGCCCUCUCCGAGGAGGAGCGCCAGCGCCAGCAGCUCCAGUCCAUCAGCGCGUCGUUGGCGUCGCUGACGCGUGAGACCGGGCCGAAGGUCGUCAGGGGAGAUCCGGCGAGGAAGGGCGAGGCCGCGGCGAAGGGCGCGCCGUCGCCGCACCCGCAGCCGGUGCACCACCACCACCCGCACGUCACCCCGACCAUCGCCGUCAGCGACAGCUCCCUCAAGUUCACCCAUGUGCUCUACAACCUCUCGCCUGCUGAGCUGUACGAGCAGGCGAUCAAGUACGAGAAGGGGUCGUUCAUCACGUCCACCGGCGCGCUGGCGACGCUGUCCGGCGCCAAGACCGGCCGGUCGCCGAGGGACAAGCGCAUCGUCAAGGAUGAGGCCUCCGCGCAGGAGCUUUGGUGGGGCAAGGGUUCGCCCAACAUCGAGAUGGACGAGCACACUUUCCUCACCAACAGGGAGAGGGCCGUCGACUACCUCAACUCCCUUGACAAGGUGUUUGUGAACGACCAGUUCCUGAACUGGGACACGGAGAACCGGAUCAAAGUCCGUAUCAUCUCGGCCAGGGCGUACCACUCGCUCUUCAUGCACAACAUGUGCAUCCGGCCGACGGAGGAGGAGCUGGAGGAGUUCGGCACGCCGGACUUCACCAUAUACAACGCCGGGCAGUUCCCCUGCAACCGGUACACGCACUACAUGACGUCGUCGACGAGCGUAGACAUCAACCUCGCUAGGAGGGAGAUGGUGAUCCUCGGCACGCAGUACGCCGGGGAGAUGAAGAAGGGGCUCUUCGGGGUGAUGCACUACCUCAUGCCCAGGAGGGGCAUCCUCUCCCUGCACUCCGGCUGCAACAUGGGCAAGCAGGGCGACGUCGCCCUCUUCUUUGGACUGUCAGGUACUGGAAAGACUACUCUGUCAACUGACCACAACAGGCUGCUGAUCGGCGACGAUGAGCACUGCUGGAGUGACACUGGCGUGUCCAACAUCGAGGGUGGUUGCUAUGCCAAGUGCAUAGACUUGUCACAGGAGAAAGAGCCUGAUAUUUGGAAUGCCAUCAAGUUUGGGACCGUGUUGGAGAAUGUCGUCUUUGAUGAGCACACCCGUGAAGUUGAUUACACCGACAAAUCUGUCACCGAGAACACGCGCGCUGCUUACCCUAUCGAGUACAUCCCCAACGCCAAGAUACCGUGCGUCGGGCCACACCCGAAGAACGUCAUUCUCCUGGCAUGCGACGCUUUCGGCGUCCUCCCUCCUGUCAGCAAGCUAAACCUUCCACAGACCAUGUACCACUUCAUCAGUGGCUACACUGCUCUGGUUGCCGGCACGGAGGAUGGCAUCAAGGAGCCGCAGGCUACGUUCUCUGCUUGCUUCGGUGCAGCGUUCAUCAUGCUCCACCCGACCAAGUACGCCGCCAUGCUCGCCGAGAAGAUGCAGAAGUAUGGCGCCACCGGGUGGCUCGUCAACACCGGUUGGUCCGGUGGAAGGUACGGAGUUGGCAAGCGGAUCAGGCUGCCGUAUACCAGGAAGAUCAUCGACGCCAUCCACUCCGGUGAGCUCCUCACCGCCAACUACAAGAAGACGGAGGUGUUUGGCCUGGAGAUCCCCACUGAAAUCGACGGCAUCCCGUCUGAAAUCCUCGACCCGAUCAACACCUGGACGGACAAGGGCGCGUACAAGGAGACGCUCCUGAAGCUGGCUGGCCUGUUCAAGAAGAACUUCGAGGUGUUCGCCAACUACAAGAUCGGGGGAGACAGCAGCCUGACAGACAAGAUCCUCGCUGCUGGACCAAACUUUUGAGUUACUGAAGAAUAAAAAAUAUGCAGAUAAAGAACGCGAUGAAGCUAGUCAGUUGGUUACAAUAAAGAAGUGGGUCUAUGCGUGUUUGCCAAUGAUGAUGACGAAAAUGUUGGAUCGAUGUGCAGCUACCGGUAGAGUUUAGCUAGCUUCCUAUAAGUUUCAUGCGUGUCUGUUAGGUUCUGUCAGUUUGUCUAGCUUGACGGUGUGUAUGCAGUAUGCUCCAUUCCCCCUUCCCCUGUACACAUCUCUAUUUUCUGAAUUGGAAUUUGAAAGCAUCUUGAUUUGAUCAUA